ACUGCCAAAAAUGCAUGCAUUCGCACUGAAGGGAGCUUCAAUACACAAGAUGUGGAGUUUUGCUCUCACCCUGAUAGGUUACUUACUGAAAUUAUCAGGCACAACAAGUGGUACACAAAUCAGGGUGGUCAACGGGAACAACGGCUGCUCUGGUAGAGUUGAGGUCUACCAUAAUGGUGAAUGGGGAACCGUUUGUGAUGACUCCUGGGGCCUAGAUGAUGCUCGAGUUGUGUGCAGGCAGCUGGGGUGUGGAAGAGCAGUCUCUGCCCCUGUGGGUGCCUACUUUGGUCAGGGAAGUGGGAAGACUUGGCUGGAUGAUGUUGGGUGCUCUGGUAGUGAGAGCUCUAUAACCGAGUGCAGACACAGGGGGUUUGGAGUAGAAGAUUGCAGUGCCAUUGAAGAUGCAGGUGUAGUGUGUUCAGGUGAUGUACCUGUGCUAAGGGUAGUCAAUGGGGACAAUGGCUGCUCUGGUAGAGUUGAGGUCUACCAUAAUGGUGAAUGGGGAACAGUGUGUGAUGAUUCUUGGGACCUGAGAGAUGCUGACGUGGUAUGCAAGCAGCUGGGGUGUGAAAAAGCGGUCUUUGCCCCUGGGAAUGCCUACUUUGGUCAAGGAAGUGGGAAGACUUGGCUGGAUGGUGUCGGUUGCUCUGGUACAGAGAGCUCUAUAACAGGGUGCCCGCACAAUGGGUUUGGAGUAGAAGAUUGCAGUCCCAGUGAAGAUGCAGCUGUGGUGUGUUCAGUUGGUUCCAACAUCAGGCUUGCCAAUAGCAGUGGCUACUGCUCUGGCAGAGUGGAAGUCUACCAUAAUGGUGCAUGGGGAACAGUGUGUGAUGAUUCCUGGGGCCUAGAUGAUGCUCAAGUUGUGUGCAAGCAGCUGGGGUGUGGAAAAGCAGCCCUUGCCCCUGGGAAUGCCUACUUUGGUCAGGGAAGUGGGAAGACCUGGCUGGAUAAUGUUGGGUGCUUUGGUACAGAGAGCUCUAUAACAGAGUGCUCACACAAUGGGUUUGAAGUAGAAGAUUGCAAGCCCAAUGAAGAUGCAGGUGUGGUGUGUGUAGGAAUUAUGAAGACACCAACUCUUACCCUCCAUACCACAAACACAGCUGUUUUACCUGGGGAGUCAGCAGAGUUCAGAUGUGCCAUAACGUCCCAUAGGCCGAUGACUGCAAACUUCCGACUGUAUAGAAAUGAAAUAUCUACACAGACUGAGACAGCAGAUAAGCAGACGAUCACUUUCAGUCUUCCUAGUUUAUCUUCUUCACACCAAGGCAGCUACACGUGUGAUUACUAUUACCAGAGUACACUCACUGCCAGCUCCAAGAGCAAUGCGAUCACAAUUACAGUUGUUUCACUUUCCAGUCCAAACAUUAUUGCGUCUGCAAGAGGCAUCACCUGGGGUCAAGCAGUUCAGAUGACUUGCUCCAUCUCAACACAGCACUUGGGUGGAGUGUUCACUUUGAACAAAGUCUCAGGAUCAUUGAUAGAAACAAAGAGAACCAGUGUCAACUCUGUCACCUUCACCAUUCCUCAAGCAGACCUCUCUCAUGAAGGCUCAUACUACUGCCAGUAUCAGACAACAGUAUCAAGCCGAACCUUUACUUCCCCACAAAGCAACACCGUCAGCAUUUCUGUAGUAGUGAACCUGCAUCGACCUCGGAUCAACUGCACUGCUGCAGAUGGAGGGCUCUCUUGGGGUCCUCAGGGGCCAGAGAUCACUAAGGGCCACAACUUCUCCAUCGCCUGUUCCACCCAACCACAGUACCCUGGCGGAGUUUUCCAUCUGAGUUUCUCCGGAUCCAACCGCACCAUGUCUCAUCGCACCAUGUCUACCAUGUCUCAGCCUGCCAUCAACCACUCCGCUUCCUUCUAUUUUCCAGCUGCAGAUUAUUCCCACCAGGGUAACUACAGCUGUGUGUAUCAGGUGGACUUAUCGUCUCGUCAGUUCUACUCCACAGAGACAGACAGGCUAACUGUCACCAUCAGAGAGUUUAUGGUCCCAUUCAUUGCUGCUGGAGUGACUGGUGGUGUAGUUUUACUUCUGAUCUUUGCCUUGGUGUGCAUCUUUUUGGCUAAGAAGGGACAGAGCAAAACAAAGGAAGCAUAUUGGAAGGACACUAAAGGAAAGACAAAAAUGAACACCUAUGGGAGCAGUAAAUCAAAACAGAAUGAAGACAAGAAAGGUGAAGAAGAUGAAGAGAUUUACCUAGAUCCGAACGCAGAAGAGGAUGACUAUGAAAAUGUAGAAAUGGAAGACCAGGAUGACUAUGAAAAUGUAGAAGUGGAAGAUCAAGAUGUCCAUGAACAAGGAGAAGUGGAAGACCAGGAUGAUUAUGAAAAUGCAGAGGACUACAUGGGUGUGGAGGAACUUGAUACAGGAUGUCAGGAUGAGGACAUUUAUGCUAACUGUUAACAUUAAAUUAUAUUUGACUUUAUGUGCGGAUAUCGGUGUGCUUAGAGGCGUUCUCCUAGUGGCAAACAUAACAACAAUUAGCUAGUUGCACCUGUAAAAAUGUCAGUUAAAUAAAUGUAAUGUCCUUUGAAAUGUUUUUUUCUUAUCAAAAACGUACACGAUGCCAUAUUUGAUGCACUUUGAGAUAAAGCUGUAGGCAAUACUUAAACUUUUGGGUAAAUGUGUGGUGAUAAUAUAAUAUUUAAAAUGGUAUACUGAAUGUUGUAUUCAACUUUUUGUUCAAGUUUUAAAUUUCUAGAAUGGAGAAUGUAUGGAUUUAUGUACACUCUUAAAAGGAAUGUGUUGUCCCUAUCUGGACACAGAGAUGUGUUAAAAACUACACAAGUUGUGUUGUUUUCAACACAUUUGUUUUAAGAGUGUACAUUUAUUUUGUGUGUGCAAGCAUAUAUAUUUAACAUAUUAUCAUACAAUCCAUUUGCACCAGUGCUUUUUGAGCCUAUAUGUAAGUAACUUCUUUUUUACAGUGUAAUGUCAGCCAAUGUUUUUUUUUUCUGUUGCAAUUCUUGUGGUUAUCACACCAUCCCUCUCCUCUGCUGCAAUCAACAUGUUCUAUAACAUUUAACUUAACAUUAUAUAAAUGUAUUUGCAUUAGUUUCCAUA